ACGGCUUCCCGGCGUUCCCGGAAAUACAACUACGCCAACGAGAAAACUGCGGCCAUUUUGUUUUUGUUUUGGCUAACCGAAAACUAAAUGUGAAAUGUCACGAAAUAAGUGAAUAAUAAUAAUAGUGAACAGAAAUAGAUGGGUGACGCCGGCAUUAUGCUGUUUCAAAGUGGAACAUGUUACAAUAAUUGUAACAUUAUUGUUCUCUAUAACAGAUGAAACUACAUAAUAUAAUCAAACCAUUGAAUUUAUAUUUGACCACACAUAAUUAUAUCCACAACUAAUGAAUCUUGGAUUUGAUAGGGCUGGUCAGAGAACGUUUGGAGAAUUUGAAAGAAGGAAAUCUAUUAAGAUUUGUGAAAAAAAAAAGAAAAAUCCUGACUGUAGAACUUACAUGUUCAAUAAGAAUAAAACUAUGAGAAAUCAAAUAUGUACACAAAUGACCCAUGGUCACAACAAUCCAAUGAAGAAUGCCUAAUACAGCUCUUCAUACUUAAAAAUACAAAUCUGGGAUUCCCCUAACACCAUGUAAAUGUAUUCUCAACUACUAAGGAAUAUACAGUCCUAUAUCAUAGAACACGACACAAGUACCCGCAUCUCUCUCCUAGUUCUCGUGAAAAAGACAGAAGGAUCUGGAACAAAACACCCCUGCAACUUCUUACCCUGUGGUUCAAAAGCUGUGAGUGCUACAGAACGUCAAACAUUCCUCCACUUGUGUGAAAGGCUGCAAAUCACAAGUUCUAGUGACUAUUUGAUACAGUCCUACGUACGACAAAAGUGCAUCGCUCCUAGUUCUCGUGACAACGUCAGAAGGACCAGGCAAAAACAACCCAGGCAGCCAUCUCCAUUCCUAGUUUCUCUCUUGGACCAGCGGCUGUGUACUGCAGAACACAACCAAGCAAAACCCACAGUAUCUUCAAAGGAAACAAAGGACAGAUAAAAUAAUGACCGGAAGGCCUGCUCGUGUGUGUGUGGAUUGUUGUUGUACAAACCAGUCGUCUGUGUCUGGAGACGAGUGUUGGGACGACGAGUGGUUUGAAUCACCCCUGCCACACAUCAAGCGACGAUACAUGUAUCUACACCUGAUGAGCUGUGGGGUUGAUUCAAGCCACUCGUCGUCCCAACACUCGUCUACAGGCACAGACGACAGGUUUGUACACCAACAGUUGAGUGUCUCUGUAGACGAGUGUUGGGACAAUGAAGUACAUGAGUCUCCAUUAUCUCAUAUUAAAACAGCAGCAUCAUUUAAAAAUAUUAUUAGGGAGCAGCCACCGAAAAUGUCGAAAACGCAAAAAAAAAAUUUCGACAGGCGGAACGUGAGCGCCACCGACUAUUGUUUUUUAAAUGAUGCCCUUGUUUAUGUGUGGGUAACAGUUAGGCUAAGUUAUUUUUUCUUGUUUUGCAGUUUUUUAGUUUUUACCCUUAUUUUCUAGUUUUUAGGUUUUUUUCGUGUUAAGUUUUGUUGUUAAAGUUAGGUUAGUUUUGUGUUAAGUUUUGUUGUUAAAGUUAUGUUAGUUUUGUGUUAAAAGUUAGGCUAUAGUUCGGCUUUUUAGUUUUGUUUUUGUAGUUUUUAGGUUUUAGGUUUUUAGGGUUUUUCAUGUUAAGUUGCUGUGUUAUAAGAAUAUACU